CGUUCUCAAUCCAGGGGUGUCCGGCCUAGAUGGCAUGGCAGGUCUCACCCAUAUUUGAACGUAGGGAUCGGUGUGUGCAUCAUCAUGAUCAUGGUGGAAUCGAUCACAAUCCAGUGGCGGCUUUUUUCACACGCAGGAUGGCGCGCAGCCCUCUCUGGUGUUGAGCCAAGGGCGGAGCAAUUCUUUAACCAGGUCUUCAGAGACAGCCUGCAUUUGCUCAGGCGAUGUGGACCCAGCAGCGGCAGUUGCCAGCAAGCUAGGGUGUGUUUUGCUGGGCCAUGAUUGUGUUUGCUAUCGGAAAAUCCUUUUUAAGAGAAGUGCAGGAGGUGCGUCGUUUGUGCCAUGCAAAAAGGGCACGCCUCUUCGUACUAUGGACAGACGUUCGCCAAUUGCAUCUUUUGCCAUGCAUGCUGCUCAGUAUCUAUCAAGCAGUUUGGCUAGAUCAUUCUUCCGCCAUGGAAUAAAUUGUUGCAACUUGCCAAUUCGCAGAACCCGGAAAUACAUCCUCGGGCUUGAGCUACGCAAGUCUUUCUUCCCUUCCGGUGCCUUCGGUUUUUGCGGGGCGGCUUCCGCCCCGUGGCCGGCCCAAGACAUGAAGACCGUUCAAGGAUUGGUCCUUUGUGCAGCUCUGUUCCGAUCUGCAGCCAACCCACUGAUUCAGAUUCCGCCGCAUAUCCAGGCGAUGGAGCUGAGCACGCCCAAGCCGGUCACAGCAGCGCAGAUGCAGGAGUUCAAGCAGGACUUUGUGGACGUGGACUUCAACAAGGAUGAUCAAAUGGAUGCUCAGGAGGUUCGGGCACACUUUAAAGGCGGCAUCUCAGAUGUGGAGCUCUAUCAGUUCUUCCUAGACUCUGACACAGAUCGAUCUGGAGAUGUAUCCCUUCAGGAAUAUGUUGACUAUGCAGCAAUGCUCGGCUAA